UGUGCUCACAUACCGGGCCACACAAGAUGAUCGCAAAAAUUAUGGUUACUUUUGCAAUUCUGGCAACGAUAGGCGUUUGCCAGUCAGUGCCCGCACAACCACCUCAAUCAGCUCUUCCUGGCGUAUUUAUCCCAGCAGACGCAUUGAAAUCUUUUGAAGAAUCGGCUCGCCAGAAUAAUCCUCCAGUACAGGCAAACGCCGCUGCAGCUGACCAGAAUAAUCCAACACAGUCAAUUCUAAACCAACCGAAUCAAGCGCAACAAAAUCCUGUCAGUCCACAAAAUGAGCUAAAACCUGCCCCACCAACCCAACAACAGCAAUGGCUUCAACAACCCGUAACAAACCAACAACAACAAGCCGUCAACUCGCAACGACAAUGGACUCAACAACCAGCUUUCAAUCAACAGAUCUUUGCUCAACAGCCGGUACAACAACAAUAUAUUCAAGAACCUAGAAUCAACCUCCAACCACAAGGAACAAGCCAACAACAAUGGAUCCAACAAACAAUUCCAAAUCAACAACAGCAAAGCUUAAGGUGGGUUCAGCAACCUCUGAUGAACCAACCGCAACUGGUACAGUCUACUGCUGUGAACCAGUUACAAGUUCAACCACAAAUACUUCCAAAUCAACAACAAAUUCUGGUCGCUGGGCCUUUACAAAAUCAGCAGCAACUAUACGACUCUUCUCAAAAUGGAGUACCUAAUCAGCAAACAAUUUUAGUAAGUCAACCUAAUCAACUACUAGUUAGUCAACCAAAUAAUAUCCAGCCCCUGUUUGUUGCAUCUGCUGCGCAACCUAAUCAAAACUUAUUGAUUCAAAAUGGACAACCAGGAAUUGGAAGUAAUGCUAUAAUAGGGCAGGUAGUAAGUCCUGUUGAUAAACCAGUUCAAAAUAAUUUAUACAAAUUAGUACCAUUGAAUAACCAAAAUGUUGCAAAUAAUCCCACCGAUGGAAAUACGUACCUGGUACCCGUUCAACGUUCCAUUAUUGUUAAUCAGGGAUAAAAUUGUAACUUUUUUUUGUGGAUUUUAUUUAUUACAAUUGCUAAGUAUAUAUACAUAA